ACAAGAUGAACAUCCCAACCUGGUGCAGGAAGAUGUUGACAGUGAUGAAAACUCUGAGCAAGAACAUGGGACGCGGCAGCCCAAAGAACACGCCGACUACUACGAUAAUUGGAGGGACAAUAAUGAUGACAAGAAGAAUUAUAUGUCCUACUCGUCCACAGCCGACACAUCAUGGGGAAAAGAUGACAAUAAGUCCUACUUCUAUAAUGACGAUUGGAAAAAACUAGUACACACUCCAAGUACAACGGAUUACAACAAGUUGUCUUACUAUGACAAAUGGCGGGCACGGGGUUGGACCUGCGGGUAUGAUUGGGAUGAAGAAAAACGAGAAUAUGGUCCCUGGAAGUACGAUGCAGAAAUGGACCAACGUCGUAUGGACCAACGUCGUAUUGUAGAUGACAAGGCUGGAACAACUGCGGAUCAUGUUGUAGACGAGCAAAGCGAGCCUCACCAGCCUCUUCAAGGCAUAAGAACUUCUAGAACAUUGGCCUCGGCCUCAUCUUCUUCAGCGCAAACUGGAGAAGAAGAAGAUGAUUUUUCUCAAGAAGAUCUUGGUGUCGUAUCUUCUCAAGAAGAAAGGAAUGCUAGUCCGGUCAAGGACGAAAAAAAUAAUAUUGAAGGAGUAGAAGAAGCUGCUGCAGCGGCGGCUUGUUUUACAAAUGAUGAUGGGGCGCAAAUUGACAAGAGUGUCAAUGUUGGUCGACCGAGCAAAAUUAAGUCAACGUUGAGCGCGGUCGAGCGACUAGAGGCUGUGGGUGUGGCGUCAGAGGAAAAUAUUCCUUCAGGACGAGGCCAGGGAAAACGUAACAAGAGAGAAGAUAAGAAGCGCAGGGACGAUGUCUCCUUGCUGCUCUGUUGUAGUUCCUCGUCCUCGGAGGGUCGUGACGGCAUCUUGUUCGUUACUACAACAGCCAGGAUCAGGAGGACUAAGAAAUUACCGCAGGAGCCUCCAACGGCAACAGGAACUACAGGAGGACGCAAGAAAGAAGCAGGUGAUGCAGGUGUUGCAUCGAAAGAUCGGGAGAGGACCAGAGAGCCACUUGCGAAGACACCCAAUUGGCUCUCUGGUCCUCUGGCGACUGAUCACCCAAAAAGCGUCGCAGCUGCUCGAAACCACGACAAGCGAGGUACUCGUGGUACCAGGACGAAAAUACUAAGCAGGAUGUCCUCUUCAGAUUAUCAUGAAGUCGCUCGUCUUGGUCCGACCCCACAAGCAGGGAGUGCAAUUGAGAGAGCUUGUUCCAGCUCGAGAGAGAGAGAGUGCCAGAGGACCAGAGAGCCACUUGCGAAGACCACAG